AUGAAUGUGAUACAUAGUGGCCCUAUUCUCAGCCAGGACCAACAGCAUCUGCUUGAUUUGAACUUCACCCCAGACGAGAUUAAAGGUGUCAUGUGGAGCAUUCCAGAAGACAAAGCACCAGGUUUGGACGAUUUCAACAGUUGUUUUUACAAGGCUGCAUGGGAAAUUGUUGGAUCAGAUGUUGUAAAAGCAGUUCGGGACAUUUUUGCCAAUGCCACUCUUCUAAAAUCUUGGAAUACCACAGCUAUAACCCUUAUUCCAAAGGUUGCCACACCGAACACCCCAGGUGAAUAUUGUCCAAUCUCUUGUUGCAAUGUUAUCUAUAAGUGUAUCUCUAAGCUCAUAAGCAGGAAACUCCGACAUGUGCAACCAUCCAUUAUAAGCCCCAUGCAAGGAGCUUUUAUUGAAGGGAAAAGCAUUCUCCACAACAUCUUCCUAUAUCAGGAUAUAGUCAAGCACAAUGGUUGGAAGAACUGUUCCCCCAGUUUCCUCUUGAAGAUUGACCUCAGGAAAGCCUAUGAUACACUAGAUUAG